GUGACUUUUCCGCACCAAAAAGCAUCAUUCAUCGCGAGCAACCAAGCUUCUGGGACAUUGUCAUCCGAUCAGGAUUAGGUACCUGGCAAAAUCGUUGUGCACCGUUCGGAGACCGGUUCCAUCGCUAGGGAGAACCGCAUCAAUCGAUUCCGUGACAACCUUGGUGGAUGGCAAACGUCGGAAGGGACAAUAUGAUCAACGAAGAACAGGAAUCAUCGCAAUCCAACAGCUCCAAUGGUUCCGGAGCAGCGCUUCAGCAGCAAUCGAGUGGAGGAUUCCAGCUGAAGUCGAGUAUCCUUCGGCAACCAGCGACGUUCGGUUCGGGGGCUGGCGCUGGUGGAGGAUUCGGUGGCAUAUUUGGGGGAAGUUCUUCUGGUGGUUCUUCCGCACCGAUCAACAGUUUCAAUUUGAAGCCAAGUGUUCUGAAACCAUCCCAUUUUGGAGGUGGAUUUGGGGCAUUCGGAGAGAGAAAGAACGACGAUCAAAGUCAGACAAAAGGCAAUAGCUUCGGAGCGAAUCCGUUCCUGAAGACUCAGGUGAGCGAAGAGGACGGUCCGGAAGCAAACGCGGAGGACGACAAAUCGGACAAAGAAGAAAAUGUAGACCCACUGGCCAAGUUGAACCGAGCAUCACUACCCAAGUCGAAUUUGUUCGCCAAUGUAAAAGCAAUUACCCAGAACACGGGAUUUGUGUUCGGACAGAAUGUCCACGAGAGAGUAACCGGCGACAAUCUGCAGUCGGAUUCCAGUUCAAUGCCGACAGCCGGUUUAUCAUUCUCCAGCACUGCGGUCACGAACAAUAGUACCGAAUCGAAAUCGUCGAAUUCCUGUGCCGCAGGCGGUCAAGCCUCCGCAGUUGACACAGCAGGAAGUGGAACGACGGUGGCUGGGUCAUCCGGAGCCAGCAAAGAGGGUGGAGAUGAAAGCUUGGAGGAAGCGGCCCGUCGUUACGAGGAGAGCCGUGGAGCAUUGAAAAGAAAGUUCGACGAAGUGGAGACGGUCACAGGAGAGGAGGACGAGCGAAAUGUUGUGGAAGCAAACUGCAAGUUGUUUGCGUUCGCAAAAAGUAACUGGGAAGAACGAGGACACGGCACACUGCGUCUGAAUGAUAAGGACAAUAAGGAAUCGAGGGUUGUGUUCCGACAGGCUGGCAAUCUGCGAGUGCUGAUCAAUACCAAGGUCUGGUCUGGCAUGACUGCCGAACAGUCCAGUCCGAAAAGUUUACGUCUCACCGCCAUGGACAACAAUGGCCAGGUCAAGGUGUUCCUUGUGAUGACUCGCCCCGAGGUGAUCGGAAAACUGCACAAAGAGCUCUUCAAGCGCAUUCAGGUGGCGAAGGAAAAUGCAGAGGACGCGCUACUGCGGGACGAUGAAGCGGGUAAGGAGAACAACAACGACAAUGCAGCUACCACCGCCACAACCAAACCGAGCGACUGCGAGGACGAUUCGACGGCAGCGGAUAGCGCCAGCAAGGAACCCGACUCAGAUGGUCACUGUGCGAAGAAACGUCUCAACUCGUCGUCAUAAGCCGGGAACCUUCCAGCAAGAUAUCUAUUCUAUCUAUCCUCCUACCUACACGCAAAGUGGAACAUCGGCGAGAUGUUUUCAGCAAUCAGCACUACCCAAUUUGCGCAUAGAUUCUCGCCCGCUUACAUUCACGGAUAUUUGAUUGCACUUACUCCCAAAAUUCGAUAUUCCAUCCUUGAGUUCAAAUGUUUAGAUCUACGAAUUCGAGUUGUCAUCAUUUUUCAAAUUUUUAAUGUGUACUAAUUCAGAUGCUGGGAACCGCGGGUGUGUCACCGAACACACUCGCUUUGCCCCACACAAACCGGUUCACGGUGAUCUUAAAAACAGAAUCUGAUCCCGAAGGUGGGAUGGCCCAACGGCGAAAUGAAACCGAAGAAAAGCAAUUCCGAUAAACUAAAAUGAGAAUUGAGACUUCAAGUUGAAUUCAAUUGAAAUUGUGAAGAUUACCUUCCUUAUUAUUAGUCGUGCUCGUCGUCGUCGUCAUCAACGGAAUGAUUACACUGUGGUAGUAAACAUCAAUAGAUUAAUGUUUGUGUAAAAAAAUGUAACGGUCAAAUGCAGUGAAAUACAACACAGGUGGACUUGUGAAAUGAAAAUAAA